CCCUCAAAACCGAGGCGCCGUGUUCUUGCUUUCUUCUACCUUUUAUCUUCUUCUUCUUCCUCAAAUCAAUCCCAUAAAUCGAAAUUGCUAAUUCUCUUCUCCUGAUUUGCAUCUUCACCUUCAAAAGCACACAGAAAUUUUUGUUUUUUAAUUUCUAAGUCAUGGCUACACUCAACGGAAAAGAGAACAUCAAAUUCAAGUAUGAUGAUUAUGAUGAUGAUGAUGAUGGUGGUUAUGAUGAUGAUGGCUAUGUUGAUGGACCUAAAUGGCCUGUUAUUGAAUCAAUCUCUAAAAAGAAAGAUUCUGAUUAUCCAAUUAUAGACUCUGGAGAUUUUGUUGAUGAUGGAUAUGAUUCAGCUGAUGAGCUCUCUACGACGAAUCCGAUUCAAAGAAAUGAGACACCUGAAGUGAAUUUGAAAAACGUUUUGACUGGUUUGAUUGCUAUAGUUACUGGGAGGAACAAGGACUUGAAUGGUUCGUUAGAUCAGAAAGUCGCUUCUUCGAAUGUUUCGUUUCUCGGCUCUGGCAAGAACGGAGAUACUUUUGUUCAUUCGUCUGUUUACAUACCGAGUGCUCCGCCUCUUCUUGAACCGAGUGGGAUUAAUUAUAGUGUUUACAAGGAUUUGCUUGAAGCUGAACCUCCUGAGUGGUUGCCUGAUAGUUCGACUACUACUUGUAUGCAGUGUUCUUCUCCUUUUACUGCAAUUACGUGUGGGAGACAUCAUUGUCGGUUCUGCGGAGGGGUGUUUUGUAGGAAUUGUUCGAAAGGGAGGUGUUUAAUGCCUAGUCGGUUUCGGGAAAGGAAUCCUCAGAGAGUUUGUGAUUCUUGCUACGAAAGGCUUGAUCCUUUGCAAGGUGUUCUCAUUAACUCUAUUAGUAAUGCUGUGCAAGUUGCAAAACAUGAUGUUGUGGAUUGGACUUGCUCAAGAGGAUGGUUGAAUCUUCCCGUUGGUCUAUCCAUGGAAGAUGAGAUAUACAAGGCAUCUAUUACGCUGAGAGGUUACUGCCAGGUAGCAACACUAGACCCUGAGAAAUCCAUACCACAUGCAGUUCUUAGUCGAGCUAAAGGUUUGGCAAUCAUAACAGUUGCUAAGGUUGGGGCUUUACUGUCGUACAAACUCGGGACUGGUCUGGUAAUAUCUCGGAGAUCAGAUGGGUCAUGGUCUGCUCCAUCUGCCAUACUGUCAGUAGGUUUGGGAUGGGGUGCUCAGAUUGGAGGUGAGUUGAUGGAUUUCAUAAUCGUGAUGCAUGAUGUGAAAGCGGUGAAAGCAUUCUGCAGCAGAAUGCACUUCUCUCUAGGUGCGGGAUGCAGUGCAGCUGCAGGACCUAUAGGGAGAGUGUUGGAGGCUGACCUUCGAGCUGGUGACAGAGGCUCUGGCGUAUGCUAUACUUACAGCCGAAGCAAAGGGGCAUUCGUGGGAGUAUCUCUAGAAGGAAAUGUGGUGGCAACAAGAAGGGACAUGAAUGUAAAAUUCUAUGGCGAUCCAUACCUAUCCACAUCGGACAUUCUACUUGGGAUGGUUGAUCAACCCAAGGCAGCUGAACCGUUGUACACUGCCCUCAGGGAUCUCUACGCAGGUUUACGCCCGUAGUCUCCAUUCGCAUUACAAUCUACUCUUUGUAUAUAAACGUUUCCCAAAUUCGUUUCAUAAGUUUGAAACUAUUCAAAUGUACAUGUACAUAAAUUGUUUCUCUCAAGAACCAAACGUCUGCUGCUCGAAAGUCAGGAAUUAUGAACGUUUUAGGAUUAUAUUUAGUUUUUCAAAGCUUGCUUACCUUUUUAAA